CUCUUCCCCUUCGAAAAAAAAUCCCCUUCCUCCAUUCAAAACUCCUUGAAAAAAGAAAGAGCAAGGUUUUACCAAGCAGGAAAAGAUAAACCCUUUUUCUUUUAUUUUUAUAUCCUCCUUUUUCCUCUGCUCUCUUCAAGAAAAUGUCCUACUGGUAUUCAACCGACGGUAUGGAUAAACGGCGCUUAUCCACUCGUCAUUUGCCAGCGCUCGAUCAAGCAUUUGAACGACGGACACGAGUGGAAAUUUACGACGACGAAGCAUUUGGAAACCACGUCGCCAUUGCCAACCCAUACCAGGGCACCAUGACAGCUGGUGACAUUCACUAUGGACUGUAUAGACAUCCGACCCUUUGGCGCAUUAGUGAUGCUAGCCUUGAUACCUCCAUGCUCAUUGACAGUUCCACGGCCAUCAUGUCGGCCGAUACACACCCUUCUGAUUCUUCGCCAAGAAGCAGAUUCACAGCAAUUGAAACACCGUCCACCGCCUCCUCCUCCUUAACCGCCGCCGAUAAAACGAUGCGCAAGUCAUCCAUACAAGAUACUCGCGAAGCAUUGUAUCGUCAACGAAGGCGAGCGUCGGUAGCACCCAAUGAUGAUCACUGCAAUUGCUGCAUUAUUAGCUGAACCUCUUUUUUUUUAUUCCCCUUGUGAUUUCGGUGGUUAUUCUUUUUCGUUCUGUCUUUUAUCUUUCAUACAUUUUUGUAAUCUUCAUGUCACCAUGACAACCUUUUAAUCAUUUUUUCCCUACAUAUCGCAUUCCUUUCUCUUCUUUGUUAUUUCUCUUCGUUUUUUGGUGGAGAAGGAUAAUUCCUCGGUU